GACCGCGGCCCGGGACUGGAGCCGGAGCGGAUCGCGGGCAACGCCGCGAGGAGACGGCGCGCGGGGCCGGGCGAAGUUUGGCGGAACAUGGCGGAAGAGUCCGGGGCGCGCAGGAGCGCGGCGCGGUGGCAGCCGGAGCCCUGGGAGCUGUAGCCGCCGCCGCCGCUGCCGCGGGGCGAGGUCGCCGCCAUGGCCCGCUGGAUCCCGACCAAGAGGCAGAAGUACGGAGUUGCGAUCUAUAACUACAAUGCCUCUCAAGAUGUGGAGCUGUCCUUGCAGGUUGGAGACACGGUUCACAUCCUGGAGAUGUAUGAGGGUUGGUACAGAGGAUAUACCCUCCAAAAUAAAUCUAAAAAGGGUAUUUUCCCUGAAACGUAUAUCCAUUUGAAAGAGGCCACUGUGGAAGACCGUGGGCAGCACGAGACUGUGAUUCCCGGGGAGCUCCCACUGGUACAGGAGCUCACCUCGACACUGCGGGAAUGGGCGGUCAUCUGGCGCAAGCUCUACGUGAACAACAAGGUCAUGCUCUUCCGCCAGCUGCAGCAGAUGACGUACAGCCUGAUUGAGUGGCGAUCCCAGAUCCUGUCUGGAACCCUCCCCAAGGACGAACUGGCAGAGCUCAAGAUGAAGGUCACAGCCAAAAUCGAUCACGGGAACAGAAUGCUGGGGUUGGAUCUGGUCGUGCGGGACGACAACGGGAACAUCUUGGACCCAGACGAAACCAGCACCAUCGCCCUCUUCAAGGCCCAUGAAGUGGCCUCGAAGAGGAUUGAGGAAAAGAUCCAAGAAGAGAAGUCAAUUCUGCAGAACCUGGACUUGCGGGGCCAGUCCAUCUUCAGUGCCGUGCAUACCUACGGCCUCUAUGUGAACUUCAAGAACUUUGUCUGCAACAUUGGGGAAGACGCAGAGUUGUUCAUGGCCCUCUACGACCCGGACCAGUCCACGUUCAUAAGUGAAAACUACCUAAUUCGUUGGGGCAGCAAUGGAAUGCCCAAGGAAAUCGAGAAGCUCAACAACCUUCAAGCGGUCUUUACUGACCUCAGCAGCACAGACCUCAUCCGGCCCCGCAUCAGCCUUGUGUGUCAGAUUGUCCGGGUUGGCCACAUGGAGCUGAAGGAGGGCAAAAAGCACACAUGUGGGCUCCGAAGACCCUUUGGAGUAGCAGUGAUGGAUAUUACCGAUAUCAUACACGGGAAGGUGGAUGAUGAAGAAAAGCAGCAUUUUAUUCCCUUUCAGCAAAUUGCCAUGGAAACCUAUAUCCGGCAGAGGCAGCUAAUCAUGUCGCCCCUGAUAACAUCCCAUGUGAUUGGGGAGAAUGAGCCACUCACUUCAGUCUUGAAUAAAGUGAUAGCAGCCAAGGAAGUGAAUCACAAAGGACAAGGACUUUGGGUGUCCUUGAAGCUACUGCCGGGGGACCUCACACAGGUUCAGAAAAACUUUUCACACUUGGUGGAUAGAUCCACAGCAAUCGCCCGGAAAAUGGGCUUUCCUGAAAUAAUCCUUCCAGGAGAUGUUCGGAAUGAUAUUUACGUCACCCUGAUCCAUGGGGAGUUUGACAAAGGGAAAAAGAAGACACCGAAGAACGUGGAGGUGACCAUGUCUGUGUAUGAUGAGGAGGGCGGGCUCUUGGAGAAAGCAAUUCAUCCUGGUGCUGGAUACGAAGGCAUUUCUGAGUACAAAUCAGUGGUCUAUUACCAAGUCAAGCAGCCCUGUUGGUAUGAGACUGUCAAGGUAUCCAUUGCUAUAGAAGAAGUUGCUCGCUGCCAUAUAAGAUUUACCUUCCGACACCGGUCAUCUCAGGAAUCCAGAGAUAAAUCCGAGCGAGCCUUCGGGGUGGCCUUCGUGAAGCUGAUGAACCCGGACGGCACCACUCUGCAGGACGGGAGGCAUGAUCUGGUGGUUUAUAAGGGUGACAACAAGAAAAUGGAAGAUGCUAAAUUCUACCUGACCCUGCCUGGAACCAAAGUGGAGAUGGAAGAAAAGGAGCUCCAAGCAUCCAAAAGCCUAGCCAACUUUACACCAAACAAGGAUAGCACAAAAGACAGCUUUCAGAUUGCCACCCUCAUCUGCUCCACAAAGCUCACUCAGAAUGUUGACCUGUUAGGCUUGUUAAAUUGGCGUUCGAACCCUCAGAACAUUAAACGCAACUUAAAGAAGUUAAUGGAGGUGGAUGGAGGAGAAAUUGUUAAGUUUUUGCAAGAUACGCUAGACGCACUUUUUAACAUAAUGAUGGAAAUGUCAGACGAUGAAGCAUAUGACUUCCUUGUGUUUGAUGCACUGGUGUUUAUUAUUUCACUGAUAGGAGACAUCAAGUUCCAGCAUUUCAAUCCCGUCCUCGAGACCUACAUUUACAAGCACUUCAGUGCCACUCUGGCCUAUGUGAAACUCUCCAAGGUACUGAACUUUUACGUGGCGAAUGCAGAUGACUGCAGCAAGACAGAAUUGCGUUUUGCUGCCUUGAAAGCCUUAAAGUACUUGUUUAGGUUCAUCAUCCAAUCUAGAGUGCUCUACUUGAGAUUUUAUGGCCAAAGUGAAGAUGGAGAUGAAUUUAGUAAUUCAAUCCGCCAGUUAUUUCUCGCUUUCAAUAUGCUGAUGGACAGGCCUCUGGAGGAAGCUGUCAAGAUCAAGGGGGCAGCCUUGAAGUACCUUCCUAGCAUCAUUAAUGACGUCAAACUUGUGUUCGAUCCUGUUGAGCUCAGCGUGCUCUUCUGCAAGUUCAUUCAGAGCAUCCCUGACAACCAGUUAGUUCGCCAGAAACUGAACUGCAUGACCAAGAUAGUAGAGAGCAAUCUUUUCCGGCAGUCGGAGUGCAGAGACGUGCUGUUGCCUCUGCUGAUAGACCAGCUCAGCGGCCAGUUGGACGACAACUCCAGCAAGCCUGACCAUGAGGCCAGCUCGCAGCUUCUGAGCUACCUCCUGGAAGUUCUGGACAGGAAGGAUGUGGGCCCCACGGCGCUGCACGUACAGCUGAUAAUGGAACGGCUGCUGAGAAGGAUCAACCGGACCGUGAUUGGGAUGAGCCGACAGUCUCCCCACAUCGGGAGUUUCAUCGCUUGCAUGAUUGCCAUCCUGCGGCAGAUGGACGAGAGCCACUACAGCCACUACAUCAGCACUUUCAAGACGAGACAAGACAUUAUUGACUUCCUCAUGGAAACUUUUAUCAUGUUUAAGGAUCUAAUUGGAAAGAACGUCUAUGCCAAAGACUGGAUGGUCAUGAAUAUGACACAGAGCAGGGUUUUCCUCCGUGCCAUAAAUCAGUUUGCUGAGGUUCUCACAAGAUUCUUCAUGGAUCAGGCAAGCUUUGAACUUCAGCUCUGGAACAAUUACUUCCAUUUGGCAGUCGCUUUUCUCACCCAUGAGUCCCUUCAGCUUGAAACCUUCUCACAAGCCAAGCGCAACAAAAUUGUAAAAAAAUACGGGGACAUGAGAAAGGAAAUCGGCUUUAGGAUCCGGGACAUGUGGUAUAACCUGGGUCCCCACAAAAUCAAAUUCAUCCCAUCCAUGGUGGGUCCCAUUCUGGAGGUCACACUGACCCCCGAAGUAGAGCUCCGGAAAGCCACCAUCCCCAUUUUCUUUGAUAUGAUGCAGUGUGAGUUCAAUUUCAGUGGAAAUGGCAAUUUCCAUAUGUUUGAGAAUGAGUUGAUCACAAAGCUGGACCAAGAGGUAGAAGGGGGAAGAGGAGAUGAACAAUACAAGGUCCUUCUGGAAAAACUGCUUCUAGAACAUUGCCGGAAACAUAAAUACCUCUCCAGCUCCGGAGAAGUAUUCGCGCUCCUGGUCAGCAGCCUCUUAGAGAAUCUCUUGGACUACAGAACCAUUAUCAUGCAUGACGAGAGCAAGGAAAACCGCAUGAGCUGUACCGUUAACGUGCUGAAUUUUUACAAAGAAAAGAAGAGAGAGGACAUCUACAUAAGAUACUUGUACAAGCUGCGGGAUUUGCACCGGGACUGUGAGAACUACACCGAAGCUGCCUACACUCUCCUUCUACAUGCUGAACUCCUGCAGUGGUCUGACAGGCCCUGUGUACCCCACUUGCUUCAGAGGGACACUUACUAUGUGUAUACCCAGCAAGAGCUUAAAGAGAAGCUGUAUCAAGAAAUCAUAUCGUACUUUGACAAAGGCAAGAUGUGGGAGAAGGCAAUCAAGCUGAGCAAAGAGUUGGCUGAGAAUUAUGAGAGCAAAGUAUUCGACUACGAGGGCCUGGGUGAUCUCCUGAAGAAAAGAGCCUCAUUUUAUGAGAACAUCAUUAAGGCGAUGAGGCCUCAGCCUGAAUACUUUGCUGUUGGCUACUACGGACAGGGCUUUCCUUCUUUCCUGCGGAACAAGAUCUUUAUCUACCGGGGGAAGGAGUACGAGAGGCGAGAAGACUUCAGCCUGCGGCUGCUGACCCAGUUUCCCAACGCCGAGAAGAUGACCAGCACCACGCCCCCAGGAGAGGACAUCAAGUCCUCUCCCAAGCAGCACAUGCAGUGUUUCACCGUAAAGCCAGUGAUGAGCCUGCCGCCCAGCUACAAAGAUAAACCAGUUCCAGAGCAGAUCUUAAACUACUACAGAGCCAAUGAAGUACAGCAGUUCAGCUAUUCUCGGCCGUUCCGGAAAGGAGAAAAGGAUCCCGACAAUGAGUUUGCUACCAUGUGGAUUGAAAGGACCACGUAUACGACUGCCUAUACCUUCCCUGGGAUUCUCAAGUGGUUUGAAGUCAAACAGAUUUCAACAGAGGAAAUCAGUCCUCUGGAGAAUGCCAUUGAAACCAUGGAGCUCACCAAUGAGAAGAUCAGCAACUGUGUCCAGCAGCACGCCUGGGACCGGUCCCUCUCCGUGCAUCCCCUCUCCAUGCUUCUCAGUGGCAUCGUGGACCCGGCUGUCAUGGGGGGCUACUCCAACUAUGAGAAGGCUUUUUUUACAGAAAAGUACUUGCAGGAGCAUCCUGAAGACCAGGAGAAGAUCGAGCUGCUAAAGCGACUAAUAGCGUUGCAGAUGCCUCUGCUGACAGAGGGGAUCCGCAUCCAUGGGGAGAAGCUGACGGAGCAGCUGAAGCCACUGCACGACCGGUUGUCUUCUUGCUUCCGGGAACUCAAGGAGAAAGUGGAAAAGCUCUAUGGGGUUAUAACACUGCCGCCCAACUUGACGGAGAGGAAGCAAAACCGCACAGGGUCUAUGGUGCUCCCCUACAUCAUGUCGUCCACACUGCGGAGAUUGUCCAUCACCUCGGUGACUUCCUCUGUGAUCUCCAGCUCUUCUAACUCAUCUGAUAAUGCUCCUUCCAGACCAGGAUCUGAUGGGUCCAUCCUGGAGCCCCUUUUGGAGCGCAGGGCCUCGUCAGGGGCCAGAGUGGAAGAUCUGUCCCUCAAAGAGGACAGUGAGAACCGGAUGAGCAAGUUCAAGAGAAAAGACUGGAGUCUCAGCAAGUCCCAGGUCAUCGCAGAGAAAGCAUCGGAACCUGAUCUGAUGAGCCCAACCAGAAAAGCACAAAGGCCAAAGAGUCUCCAGCUGUCGGACAGUCGGCUGACACCGUUUCAUGGCUCUUCCCCGCCUCAGUCAACACCCCUGAGCCCACCCCCGCUCACUCCUAAAGCGACCAGGACCCUGAGCUCCCCAUCUUUGGAGACAGACGGGCUGAUGAUGGCUGCGGUCCCACCUCCCCCUCCCCCCAAAAGCAAGCCCUACGAGAGCAGCCGGAGGAACUCCACAGAGAUUGCAGCCCCACUGCCUGUCCGGAGAGAAGCCAAAGCCCCGCCCCCUCCACCUCCAAAAGCUCGGAAGUCGGGCAUCCUUUCUUCUGAACCUGGAUCCCAGUAAGGAUCUCGUCCUCCCUCUGGAACUCUGGUGCCUGGGAGCUGGCCUCGGGGAGGCAGUGUCCUCGUUGCCUGGGUCCCCUGCUGCCUGCCUCUCCUCAUCUGGGAUUGAGGUUCACCAGCUCAAAACUGGUUUCAUUCUUUGGAAAGCUUCUCUUUGAUCGAUGCCCGAGGCCACGCCAUAUCUCCUCCAGUCCACGAGGAAUCCCGGAAUCGGCCGUGCCCCGUGUUUCUCCCUCACCAUCAUUACAUUUCAGCCUCCAGCACAGUGCCACUGGGGUCCACGAAAGCCUGGAUAAGUUCUUCAGUGGUGGUGGGAAAACCCCAGUAACCUAUUCCUUGGAGGAGUUUCUUGCUUUGCUUCUGAAAAGCUGUGCUUAAGAUGUAGUUUGCUCACAUGGACAUACCUUGUUCCAUACAACAUAUUGGAAGAGACCAACAUCAAGUACUUUGGUGGCCGGAAUCAUCUAUCUUUCUGAGGUCUCCUGUGUCUCCUCUGUGGAAAAGAACCUCUUUUUGAUGGAGAUUGGCUGCUUUCAAGUAUGGAUGGCUCUCAUUAUCGAAAGAACAUGGACUCGGUCGUGAGCCCUGAGCACCUGUGUCCCCCCACCCACCUGUGACGUGGAAAAGCUGCCCUCCUUCCCCCCCGCCCCGCGCCAGGAGUUCCCUCACACUCCCGACUAAUGGUCCUAACUGCAAGGCAGUCACUCCUGCCUACCAUGGACUCCUGAGGCUCUGUCUUUUGCACACAGUUUCUUGUCCUGUUACCUCCUCUGAGCUCAAAUCACUGGAUAUAAGGGACUUAGAAGUCCGGAUCGAACUGCUUCUCUUCCAGAUCCCAUUGGAAUGGCUCGGCAGCCCCUGUCUGCAACCUGAUUUUACCCUGGAGAAUACAGUGCAAUAUCUCGCUUUGAUUAUUUA